CAUUACAGUCCUUCCUGCAGGAAGGAAAUAGCAUGAAAACAUCAAGAACUGCUCUCACAAUAGAACAAAAACAUAUUCCAGUCUGAUAAAAGGGAAACCAGGGCAUUAAAACAGGUGAAGAAUGUCUGCUGGAAACAAAGAGAGACAGCAAAACACAGCAUGUCCAGGAGCAGCAGCUGUUUAUUUCUCCAACCCUUUGAUGAGUGACGUUGAAGCCGACUGGUCUCCGAUUCACGAUGCAGCCUUCAAUGGAAGCGUUCUGCGUCUGCAAACACUCAUUGCUCAGGGAAUAUGUGUCAAUCUAAACACACUGGACCAAGUCUUUCCCCUUCAUGGAGCAUGCCUGCAAGGCCACACAAGCUGUGCCAAGCUUCUGGUGGAAAACGGAGCAAAUGUUAACAACACAACUGUGGACGGACACACUGCGUUAACAGAAGCUUGUGCCAGGGGCCAUGUGACCUGCGUCUCUCUGCUUCUCCAGCAUGGAGCGACCCCCCGGGGCACCAGCCCAUCCAGUUCUCCAAUCCACUCGGCUGCAGCAAAGGGUCACCCUGAGUGCAUUGAAGCGCUUGUUCAGUACAGAGCAGAUGUGGAUCAGGAUAUUGAUUCAUUAGGGUCUCCUCUUCAUGUUGCGUGCUCCAAUCAGCAACUGAGCUCAGUGAAGAAACUCCUUCAGCUCGGUGCCGAUGCUAACAAGAGCACUUCUGGUGACUCCCCUCUGCACAUCGCUGCACGUCUGUCCAGCCCUGAGUUGGUUUCUGCCCUCCUCGACCACGGAGCAGACCGGCUCCUGGUGAACUCAGAGGGCAAGAGGCCUCUGGACCUGGUUUCUCCUGACAGCCCAGCGGGGCGACUGCUAAGAGAGACAGGAGCAGUGUCUCCUUUAAAGCAGCUGUGCCGGCUAUGCAUCAGGAAAACUGUGGGGAAGCACAGGCUGGGUGGGAUUCCUGACCUUCACUUCCCCACAAAGCUGAUACAGUAUCUGCUCUACCAAUCAGAGCAGAGGGACGCUCACAAACACUGAAAUCACCUCCAUCUUUCAACCCCAAACUCUGAGCCUUUUCACAUUCAGGCCAGCAGGGGGGGAACUUGCACAACCUGGCAGGACAAUUCCACCAGUAGAGACUCAAGAUGAGUGUGAACUGAUUUAUUAUGUAAAUAGAGAAACUUCUUGUUGGAAGAUGCUUUUAUAAAAUAUUCAUUAGCAAUAACACACAUCAAAUGAAAAUAAAAUCAAAGCCCACAAACCUCUGAAAGAGUAACUUUAACACAACAUAUAAAUCCUGAUUAAUGCUGCAUUUCUUUCCAUGUUGUAAAUCAAAGCUGAAUUUUAUAGACGUAUUAAAAUACAAGAGACAAAUGUUCCUAGUAAUUUAUUUUCCAGCUAAAAAAAAUAUCUAACAAUUAAAACAGAAUACACAGAAUACCUUGAAUAAAAGUUCCCAUGUCUCAGGUGGUUUCCUCUGAGUUGGAUAAAAAUGUAUUUAAAAUCUUUAAUGUUUUAUCUAUAAGCAUUGCUGCUUGAAUUGAACUACUUGAAAGCAAUGUUUCCAAUUCUGUUCUCUUUUAAUUUGUAGUGCUUGUUUUUUUCCAUUUUCAACCGUUAAGAUGCGACUAGCUUUGCAAAGUAUCUCAAGAUGACCUUUGUUGUGAAUUGGAAUUAUGCAAAUAAACUGAAUUGAAAUCUAAUCUACUGUUGAUAAAAAAUAACGCCUUUGACACACAAAAUGCACCUUUGGCAUAGGUGCAACAGGUGCACACACCCUUGCACACAUCCCUGCAAUCAGUGUGUGUAAGGGUGAACACUGAUUACAUAAGGCAAUAGAUUAAUCUCGUUUUUGUUUCAUUGUAAAAAUGAAAGUGUUUAGGUUGUAUGUUUUUAGCUCACAAGAUAACGUACUACAGCAAAUCAAUAUACAAAACGACACAGAAAUCAGCUUUAAAAACAGGAUUGAGAUAGUACUGUGCACCUGCUAUUUUACUUUAUUCGGUGUGGCUCUUAGUAAUGGGAUUCAAUGAGUUAUUCUGGCAUUCAUGUUAUCUUAAUUUCCCAAAAUGCAGCAUUGUGGAGUUGUUGACAUUUACUGUAAAAUACAAUGAAAUAAUAUCUUGAUUUGAUGAAGUCUUCUCUAGCUUGUAACAACAUCCUUCCUCAUACUCGAAAACACUGACCUCUGAUCAGAGUUUGUCAUAAUACCAGAGGGACUGAAAGUAGAAAGCAAGUUUAUAAUUUGACUGAAAGAAAACACCAAUGCUUAGCAGCAUAGCAGAUGUCACUGGAAUAAACUGGGCUUUUUGGUCCUUCUUGAUCUUUUUCACAUUUUUGCUAUAUUAUAGCCACUAACUUAAGUUUUGUUGGCAUUUUGUACAAUAGACCAACAAUCAGAUCAAUUUCUGCCUCAAUACUAAGGUCUGAUCUCCAUCGGACCUGUAGAAUCAAGAAACUCUUCUAAAGAAAAUCUGACAUGGAGUAGGCUAAAAGAUCUCAAAAGCAAGACACCAUGGCCUGAUCAAAAGAAUCUCUCAAACAGAUAGGAAACAAGUCACUGACAUCUAAAACUUUGUGAUUUCAGUGGUCGGAAAAGCACUGUAUGAGUCCAGUCUAUUUUCUGUUUAUCAUUCAUCAGUCUGGAAGGAUUAAGCUCAGUGUUGAGAAUGUAGCAAUAAGGAACUCUAUGGGGGAAUUGUAAGAAAACAAAUGACUUCUGACCAAACAGAACACAAAGGUCAAGCUUCAUAUCUCCUCCCCCACCAAAAAAAUAACAAAACAAAAAAAUCUUGAAAACUUUUGAGAAAACAUAAAGAUGCAAAAUUAAUAGGAAAAAAGUGGAGCAUAAUGAAAUGUGUUCUGUUACAUCUGCUGUUUUACUAACAGCAUUUCAGAGAAGACUAUUUUAUUGGGAGUGAAACACGGUGGUUGUAGUGUGAUAGUCUGGGGUUGCUGUAACUGAUGGAAUCUGCUCUUAACCAGAAAAUCCAGGAGGAGGAUGUUCAGGCAGAAGUUGGUGACCUUAAACUCAAGCACAUUUGGGUCGUGCACCCUGGCAAUGAUCGGCAUGACAAGCUGGACUUGCUUUUUCACAUAUGAACCAGGGUUAUUUGGAUAGCCUACCUCAAAAAUUAAAGGCAUCUUUCGAAACUCUUAUUUGAAUUUAUCUAGUUAAUUUGGUCUAAAAUUUACAUUUGCUUGAUUGGCUGAAAUGUGAAAUAAGUUUCACAGCAUUUGAUUAAUUUUGCUUUUUUAAAAUAAAAAUCUGGAGAAGUUGUGUAAACAACAACCUUUAACAUUUAUUACAUAUUCCCAAUGGGAUUUAGAUC